GAGGUGCCAGUUUUUGCCCGGUUACCCCAUUCUAAAGCAUUCCAGCCCUGUUUACUCUUCUGUCGCCUAGCAGAACGCCGAGCAUCUGUCCUUGUGUCUGGGCAUCACUUACUCACUUGGCCAUUGAGAAGUUCUCAGUGCCCUGGCUGUUGACAGUAGCUUUGGCAAUGUUUGGAAUCCCCUCCUUCCCUGACAGUAUCUGAGAUAACAAGUUGUGCUAGUGCAGCCGUGUAAAUAAUCCCUGAAGUCUCAGUGUAACAUGGACAUUAACAGUGAUGACACAUAAAUACAGAUGCUUGGGAAUUAAGUACUAGGCGAAACACUUCAAAAGAGAGGCGUUUAAGAGGUUUUAGUAUUCUCCGAGGCUGAAGCCGAGAGCCUGAAACUUAAGCGCUAUUGUAGAUCCUAGCUUCAUCUCCUUCAGGAUAGAAGGAAAAGAAAGACUGUCUCCACAAUGGUAGCUCUUUGGUUACACAGGUUUCCCAAUGAGUGGAUCAUGAUGACCGUAUGGUAGGGACUUGCCAUAGUAUGGCUGCUUCCCGAUCUACUCGUGUUACAAGAUCAACAGUGGGGUUAAACGGCUUGGAUGAAUCUUUUUGUGGUAGAACGUUAAGGAACCGUAGCAUUGCUCACCCAGAAGAGAUCUCUUCUCAUUCUCAAGUACGAUCAAGAUCACCAAAGAAGAGACCAGAGCCUGUGCCAGUUCAGAAAGGAAAUAAUAACGGAAGAACUUCUGAUAUAAAGCAGCAGAGUGCUCGAGAAGCAUGGGUAAGCCCUAGGAAAAGAAGACUUUCCUCUUCAGAGAAGGAUGACCUAGAAAGGCAGGCUCUAGAGAGCUGUGAAAGAAGGCAGACAGAGCCAGCACCACCAGUCCUGAAGAACAGUAAACGCUGUCUUAGAGCUGAAGCCCCAAACAGUUCAGAAGAAGAUUCGCCUAUAAAACCAGACAAGGAGUCAGUAGAACAGAGGAGGACAGUAGUGGACCAUGAUGCAGAGUUUCAAGGGACUAAACGAGCUUGUCGAUGUCUUAUAUUGGAUGAUUGUGAGAAAAGGGAAAUUAAAAAGGUGAAUGUCAGUGAGGAAGGGCCACUUAAUGCUGCCGUAGUAGAAGAAAUCACAGGCUAUUUGACUGUCAAUGGUGUUGAUGACAGUGACUCAGCUGUUAUAAACUGUGAUGAUUGUCAGCCUGACGGGAACACUAAACAAAAUAGCACUGGUUCCUAUGUGUUGCAGGAAAAAUCAGUAGCUGGAAAUGGGGAUUCAGAAACCCAGACUCCAAUGUUCUUUGGUAGUAGGAAGGAGGACAGUUGUAUAGACCAUCUCGUGCCUUGCACGAAGUCGGAAGUGCAGGUCAAGUUGGAGGACCACAGACUAGUAACUGCCUGUCUCCCCGUGGAACGUCGUCAUCAGCUGACUGCCGAGCCAGCAUCGGGCCCUGUUUCUGAAAUUCAGUCAUCCUUAAGAGAUUCUGAGGAGGAAGUAGAUGUGGUGGGAGAUAGCAGUGUCUCAAAAGAGCAGUGUGAUGAGAACAGCAGUGACCCUCUGGACACAGAUACUGAAAACAUGCCAGUCUCUGCAGAGCCGGAGCUGUCCUCUGUGCUAGACUGUGCUUCAGCUCAGAUGACGUCUUUAUCUGAACCUCAAGAACACCGAUAUACCCUGAGAACUUCACCUCGAAGGGCCGCUCCGACCAGAGGUAGUCCCACUAAAAACACAUCUCCUUACCGAGAAAGUGGACAGUUUGAGGAGAAUAAUCUCAGUCCCAAUGAAACAAAUACAACUGUUAGUGAUAAUGUAAGUGAGUCUCCCACAAAUCCUGUUGAAAUUUCUCAAAAUGAAAAGGUUCUGUGUUGUGACUCUCAAAACUACACAAGUGAAGGACUAAGUCAGUCACCCUCAGAGGCCAGAAUGAAUAUUGGACAUUUGCCAUCUGCCAAAGAGAGUGCCAGUCAGCACACUGCAGAAGAGGAGGAUGAUGACCCUGAUGUUUAUUACUUUGAAUCAGAUCAUGUGGCACUGAAACACAACAAAGAUUACCAGAGACUGCUACAGACCAUUGCUGUUCUUGAGGCUCAGCGUUCUCAAGCAGUCCAAGACCUGGAAAGUUUAGGCAGACACCAGAGAGAAGCACUCAAAAAUCCUAUUGGAUUUGUGGAAAAACUUCAGAAGAAGGCCGAUAUAGGGCUUCCAUACCCACAGAGAGUUGUUCAGUUGCCUGAGAUUGUGUGGGACCAGUAUACCAACAGCCUUGGGAACUUUGAAAGAGAAUUUAAAAAUCGCAAAAGACAUACUAGGAGAGUUAAGUUAGUUUUUGAUAAAGUAGGCUUGCCUGCUAGACCGAAAAGUCCUUUAGACCCUAAGAAGGAUGGAGAGUCCCUUUCUUACUCCAUGCUGCCUUUGAGUGAUGGUCCAGAAGGCUCCCAUAACCGUCCUCAGAUGAUAAGAGGUCGCCUGUGUGAUGACACCAAACCUGAAACAUUCAACCAGCUGUGGACUGUUGAGGAACAGAAAAAACUUGAACAGCUUCUCCUGAAGUACCCUCCUGAAGAGGUCGAGUCUCGGCGGUGGCAGAAGAUUGCAGAUGAGCUGGGCAACCGGACAGCCAAGCAGGUUGCCAGUCGUGUACAGAAGUAUUUCAUAAAGCUAACUAAAGCCGGCAUUCCAGUUCCAGGCCGAACACCUAACUUAUAUAUAUACUCUAAAAAGUCUUCAACAAGCAGACGACAGCACCCCCUUAAUAAGCACCUCUUUAAACCUUCCACUUUCAUGACAUCACAUGAGCCACCAGUAUAUAUGGAUGAAGAUGAUGACCGGUCCUGUUUUCACGGCCGCAUGAAUACUGCUGCGGAGGAGGCAUCAGAUGAGGAAAGCAUUCCUGUCAUGUAUAGGAGUUUACCUGAAUAUAAAGAACUAUUACAGUUUAAAAAGUUAAAAAAGCAGAAACUUCAGCAAAUGCAAGCAGAAAGUGGGUUUGUGCAACAUGUGGGCUUUAAGUGUGAUAACUGUGGUGUAGAGCCUAUCCAGGGUGUCCGGUGGCACUGCCAGGAUUGUCCUCCAGAAAUGUCUUUGGAUUUCUGUGAUUCUUGUUCAGAGUGCCCACAUGAAACAGAUAUUCACAAGGAAGAUCACCAGUUAGAACCUGUGUAUAAGUCAGAGACAUUCUUAGACAGAGACUACUGUGUGUCCCAGGGCACUAGUUAUAGUUAUCUUGACCCCAACUACUUCCCAGCCAACAGAUGACAUGGAAGAGAGAGUCAGCACUAGUCUCGUCAACACAGCAAUGGCCUCAUUGUUGAUGGUGUGCGCAGUUUGGACACUCACAGCAUGAGAGCUCCCCGAGUGUUCUCGUCAAGUACAGCUCUGCACCGUGUGGCUGUAGAUCAGCAGCUAAACAUUCCUGGUGAGCUGAGAGUUUCCCUGGUGAAAUUUUCACCGCCACUCUAAAGCCAUGUAGGUGGUGAUCUUAAAUGGGUGAGAUGGGAUGGAGAACACGCAUUCAUGCGAGAGUAAAUUCCAAAGGUUUCAAAGACCUCAGUCAUAAUAUGAUGGUGAAAGACAAAGUAUUUCUAUUAAAUCAGUUCAGUAGCUUUCAGUUUUGUGAAAAUAGUUGUCAGCGCAGAAACUGACUUAUAGACGAAGUUUUAACCAAUGAUGGUGUUUGCUUCUAGGAUGUGUACUCUAAGAGAACUCACUGUCCGGUGGUCACUGAGGGCCUUUAGUAGACUGGAGCUGCUUAACGGUUUGAUACCUAACUUUUAAUCACGAUGAACUGUCCUUACCAAGAGCAAGGCAUGAGGUAGCUGUGCUUUGCUUCUGUAACCAGCUCAUGGGGUGUGGAUGUCAUGAAGUUGUCACGCAGAUAUAUUUUUUAAAUGUUAUGUUAUAUAAGAUGAUCAUGUGAUGUGUACAGACUAUGGUGAAAAGUGCCAGUGGUAGUGACUGUGUAAAGUCUGAUUCACAACAUUAAUCCCUUUAAAAUACACAGCCUUCUGCCUCUGUGUUUGGGGUUGUCAGUACAACUCGUCAAAGAAAACUGCCUAAUAUAAAAUCAUAUAUAUGGUGAUAAUUUUUCCCUCUUUUGUAGUCUGCACAAGAUCCAUAAAAGAUUGUAUUUUUAUUACUAUUUAAUGAGUGAUUAAAUGUAGUCUGCACAGUGAGCAAGAGUUCACACGCAUUCUUUUAUACUGCUGGAUUUUGUUGUGCAUCAUUUAAAACGUUUUGUAUGUUUCUUAUCUGUGUAUACAGUAUGUUCUUGAAUAAUGUUCAUUUGUCGGGAGAACUGUGAGAAAUAAACUAUGUGGAUAUGUUUGUUUAUAUUAUAGAAUGCUUGUUGUGGCUUCCUUUUUCAACAAGUUUUAAAACUAGAAUUUAUCACUUCAAAGUCUGUUUUUCAUCUGUAUUUGCUUUCUGUUCUUUAUAAAGGGUGAAGAAUGUAUUAAGGAAAAGAGCGUGAGCUUGCAACCUGCUAGAGGUGUUAGUGUUCUCACCCAGCGUGCUGAAACACUGCACAGCAGAGGUGCUCACUAAUAUCCAGAUGUGGAACCUAAGUAUCAGUUAGAAAUUCUACUCGAGUAGUUUAUACUGACAAAAUUAAGUCCCCAUGUAUAGAAACAGGUGAUUUCCGAAAAUUAUCAACUAGGAAAAGACAGUAUGUUCUAUAGUGGAUUAAGUAAGUAUUAUACUAGUCUUGUUUUUAACAUUGUUUUUCCUGUUUUUAAGUUCAGGGAACAUUAUUUACUAAUUCUUUUUAAUACUUGGCAAGGUAUUAAAAUCUACCCUGAAUUUUUUAAUUAAGAAAAAUAUAGAAUUUUAAAUAUGGAAAUGAGAAGUUUAAAUAAUAUAUUGAUUAUGUAUCACUGGUCAUAUUGAUGCAGUCUAUUGUACUCAGAAAGAAAAGUUGACAGGCUUUUAUCUCUGAGUCAUUAGUGAAGGAGAGACAGUUAAAAUAGGUGUCUCUAUAUCUCCUGUGUGUUCAGCGCACAUGUCAGAGGACUGCCUUCCAUCCGUCUGUACAGAAAUAGUGCCAGAUGGUUUUGAGAGCAGUUCAUAUCUAUCCAGAAAUCCCAUAAAGCUUGACCCACACCUUAGAAGGGGAUAUGAGUGAUAGGGCUGUAAUAACAUCAGCAGAGUAGACAGUUUUAAGACCGAGGUAGUGAUGUGGUUUUUUCCUGUUUGAACAGAAGAUGUAUGUAUUUUGGAUUUUUCCGCUCUAAGCACAUCACCCCUGUGGCUUGGUGGGAAUGCUUUCUUGUGUUUAUUUGAGGUUUGCAGAAGUGGGCAGUGCUCUUCUUGGUGAGCAGACAUUCCAUCUGUCUAUAAGGAAUACUGACUGCCGACAGCCAGCUGAGAGUUGUGCUUGAGAAGCAGUGUUGUCAAGUGUCUCAGUAGGUCAGGUUUACCUCAUGGCAUAUGAUGCUCAAGGUGUUUGCUACUAAUUGCACACCAGAAACCAUUGCUCUGAUGUUAGGGAGAGGCACCAAUAGCAGUGCUGGUACAGCACUUACUGUGCCCAAAGCCAGUGUGUGGCGGCUCAUUGGAGUCACAACCCAGUGAGGCAGGUUCAGUGAUGACUCUGUUUUUGUGGGAGACCUAGCCAGAAAGAAAUGAAAGGCCUCACCUAAGGGUCGUAUUGUUAGUGAAGUGAUGAGAUUUGUCUUUAAGAUUUAGCCCUGUGUUAGGCUUGGUUUCCCAAGCAGGAACACCCCCACUGUCAGGUACUCUGUGUUUUCCAUGCCUGAGUACAGACCUGGGCCAUGGCCGCAUUCGGAACACGAGAGAGAGGCCUGUGUGUGGCUGGAGAGUGCACCAGAGUACUCCUCCAUUGUGACUCACAGGAGUACACAUGCAUCUCCAUUGCCUCCCACCCAGCCCCAUAGUGUUCCUUGACUUCUCCUUUUCACUUACAGUGAAUCACAGAACACAGUUGACUGAGGUAUGAGGAACAGUUUUAAAGGUUGGCAGAAAGUGGCAUACCGCUGUAAUAGAUAAGUCUUGUUUUGUGAACUUUCCCAGACAGCCUUGUGAGAUAGAAUGAACGUUCUUACUGUGGAUAGCCAAGUUUAAACCCAUUGUUGUGGGUGCACUGGAGGGAACAAGCGUCUCCAGUGCAUUGUCCUUUGUAAGCUCUAAGGCUUUGGUUUUCCGUGGAAGAGUUACUACUGCUGUUCAUAGGACCUCAGAGAAAACCCAAACCCACUGCUUUGCUUGCAGGGCUUAUGUACCUGUGAAAUGGAUUGGUUUCUAGAGGUGUGUCACAUGGAGCUUCUUGAGAACACAGUCCAUGUGUGUGUCUCUAGGCUCUGACAUUUUAACAGAUUCUCUACAAGUAUUUGUUGGUUAUGUGACCCAGUGUUUUAGAAAGUUGCACUCUUCUUUCUUUAGAAGGUAGUGGGGCCCAGUACAUGAGGUGCCAGUAACUCUUCGAAAGCCAGUCUCAGGAGGUCCUUUGACGUGCCCUAGAGGACAGCCUCUGCAUCCACCUUGUAGGCUGUAGUUCAGCCAGUCAGAUCAUUCAUCGUGGGUGUGACUCUCAGGUUUGCAGUGACAUUUUGGGUCUUAGUCACAGUUGGGGAAGUGGAGUACCUGUGAUUGAGUUGUAGGGACGAUAUUAACUGCAUGUAAUGGAAAAUGGAAGGCCCUGAGAAAUAAAACCUGUUAGUUCUCAGCAUAACAAAUGUGUUGGGGGACUCCUGCAAUAGGAAAUCCAGGCCUUUGUGGAGCUUAUAGACUAACACAGAAGACAACAAUAUGCAAAUAAACUUAAAUAUCCCUAAAUUAAAUAAAAGUAAUAUUUGAAGAAAAAUAAUAGGACUGUGAAGAGCAUUGGCAUUUUAGGUUGAAUGGGCUGAGAAACGCUUCAUUGGCAAGGGUAAUUAUUAGUUUGGCGUAUGGGAACUAACUGUGUGGAUCAGCUGUAGGGAAAGGCAAGAGGCUGACAGUGGUAAGGGCCCAGAGUCAGUGAAGAACUUGGUUUGCUCGGGCAGCUUUGAAGACAGGCAGUGUGGCUUGAGCCAGAUGUAUGAGAGGGAGGGUCCAGUUGAUGGUGUCAAGGAGGGCACAGGACCAGUUCAGGUAUAUCCUUGAACAUAGGUCAUAGCCAGGGAGUUUACAUUUGUGUUCUGAAGUUGUCCACGUACAUGUUCAACCUCAUACUAGGCAGAAAGUGUUAAGGUUCUUUCAUGUUUUAAAAUCCUAUGACUUUAACAUAGUGAUGUCACUUGGAACCAUUCACAAGAGCAAUGUGUGUUUUAGCUGUUCUUUGGAAAACUGAUUUGCAUUCCCAGGUACUGAUUUCUGUUGGAGUUUUCCAGAGUAGCUGCCAACUACCCUAUGGAACCCCGGGCUGGCUUGCCUGUGCGUCUGCUGCCUCGUUUCCUCACCCAGAGCUGUGGGCAUAGUGUUUGCCAGUGUGUGUUUUGUGUGGGGUCACUUGUUAAAGUGUUUACCCUGUAGCAGCACUUUCCAUCUGUGCUCAGAUAUUCAUGUCCCCUGUCAAGAGUGUGACAGCUUGGGGCAAUGUAAGCAGUUGACAGCUGUGUGAAUUUGGGAACAUGAUGCACCCUUUCUGGUAAUAGAGGCCUAAUUGUAACCAAAGAAACUUAAUUUCUUGUCUAGCACACACUGACAUUUCUGUUUAGGAACCAGUGCUAGGGGAAAAGAAAUAUGAAAAUGACCAUGUAUCAUGAAUAUAUUAACAAUUUCUCUGUAAUAGCUCAGAUCUGGUCUGUGGCCAAAGUUCAAACCAUAUAAGUGGAUCAUAAUUUAAACUUCGACUGUGUUUGCUUCUGUUUGGAUGAAAGCUUUCAGAGGCUUUCCAGAGUGAUGUGAGUUACAAAUAAAUAGAGAAAGAGUUA